AUGCGGCUCCUCCUGGGCCUUCUCUGCCUGGGCUCAUCGGCUUUAGGCCUCAAGAAUGUUUUUGUCUCGUCACCUUUUGACAAUUUCCGGAUAGAGUGUCCAAAGAAAUCAGGAGCGAACGGCCUCGGGGUGCGGAUGGUCGAAUCAGUAGGAGCCAAAAGACAAGACGUCGUUUUUGAGAUGUCGUGCGACGAGCUGUAUCCCUGGAAGAACAUCCCCCAAGGUAUCGUCGAUAUGGAACGAGAAGACUGCCAUUAUUCCCACAUGUUUGACCCUAUUAUCGAUGAGGAGAGCCAGUUGUCGUGCGGAAAUCGAGAAUAUUUGGCGGGGAUUAUUCGAAUUGCGGAGACCAAAAUCCAAAUCAUGUGCUGCCGCCUCCGCAGUCGCGAAGAGUUCAACUGCAACGAGCAGGUGUUUAACAAACCGUUGGGCCCGACGAGGAGCACGAUUAUUGAAAAUGACAACAUGCUGAUCAACUCGAUCGCCGUUAAAGAUAUGCAAUAUCGUGUCCGAUUUUGCGAUUUUUCACCCAGGAGUAUUGAAGCCAUCUAUGAGGAUCUUCCUGCGAACAAGAAGAAGGAGUUUUUGGCUUCUACCACUGAGGCGUCGUUGAUUCAGCCGGCCGAAGAAUCCAACGAGCUCGGCGACAACAGCAACCAAGCCGUAGACUCUGAAAUUGAGGAUCUAGCGCCGACGACCCCGGUGACCACCACCACUCCUACGACUACUACCACUACUACUAGCAGACCAGAACCGACCACUACUAGUUCCCAGCCGACCCUGUUGCCAUCGUCGGGAAGCUCCACUGAGCCUAAGCUUACCCUUAUUCGGCUGAACAUGGAUGGAUCUUUUGCUGGAGCUGAGGAGAUUACGGCCAAGGAAUUCAUGGAAACCCCCAACCCGGCCCCCGAGCGAGAGCAAGCCAACUCGGCCUCAAAUUCUGUUGAAGACGAGCCGGUCUUAAAUCAAAACCAGAAGCCUGAACCCGUCGUCCCGAUGGUUGAGAUGUCAACGGAGCAACAAGAUUCGCAAGAGCAACCUCAAUUCGUGAAAGGACGCAAGUUUGGAAACCGUCCUCAUGCUCACGGACUUCGCUCUUUGCAUACCCAAGGAAAAGCCGUACCACCAAUGGUUUCUGAUAUUUUGAAGCGAAUCGAGUCCGCUUCCAGCGAGAAGGUGAAGACCGAGAUUUUCAAAGAGAGCAUCGCUCAACUCUUGGGGGAGAAGUUGCCGGAGUUUGAGCAAAUGUCUGCACCAAAGAGGGUGACGCCAACGACCACCACCACGACGCCAACGACGACGACAACCCCAACUACCACCCCGACAACUACGACAAGGACCACGACAACGACUACAAGGGCUACUACGACGACAACCGAGGCAACGACGACGACAAGGGCACCCACAACUACCACCACGACUACGACCAGGGCACCUACAACUACUACCACCACGACUACUACAGCCGAGCCGGAAACCACCGUCCCGCUCAAGGUGUUCAAGCGGCCGGAGUAUCAGGCGCCUGAAACCUCGGCUGAAGCUGGAAAGCAGAUCGUUGAUGUCUCCAAGAUCACCUUUGCCGAUAGCGACUUCCCACAACCACCCAGCAGUGCCGAGCAGGAAGUGGAGCAAACGACGGAGGCUGUGCACGUCCCCAUCCCAGCCGAACUUCCCCAAUCCGCCGACUUCAUCAUGCUGAAGUCGCUGAAGAAGGGCCCCAUCCGGCGGGCACCAAUUCGGGCAUUCCGCAAGCACGUUGAUUUGUGGUCCGAAGAAGGGGGCGAAGAGCCCGAUUUUGCGGAUAUUUUGGACGCGGAAACCCUGAAAUUGGAGAAGGAGGUGGAGAAAAAUAAGCAGAAGAAGAAGUUAUUGAAGAAACUGAUGGAAGCGCUAUCUCUCAGCGACAAUUCUGGUGAAGUUUUCGUCCCGGCAUCUACUGAAAAGAGCCAGGAGGAAAAGCCGAGGAGAAGAAAAAUCAUCCGUAAAAUCAUCCGCAAAAUCCGGAAAACCACCCCGACACCAACCACGACCACGGAACCGGAACCCGAGUACCUCGAUCCAGAGCACACAACAACGACUUCUUCACGAGAUGAUAUCGUCAAAAGUUACCAGGAGUUGAAGCUCAAGGAGAAUUCGAUCGUUUUCCAUACCGCUGAUAAUGCCAAGCAUAUCGAUGAGGAGACGGAGUACUCACCAUUUGACGACGAGGAGGCGGAUCAGCCAGCUCCGACUCGAAAACCCACGAUAGAGCUCGGAUUCCAACAGGACAUGGACGUGGAAGAAGCCGCUCGUCGUUUAACUGAGAAUAAACAUGAAAUCCGAAGAAUGCAGUCUACACAACAAAACGAAGAGAAACCGAGGGAAGAGACGGAACCCAGAAAACAACCCGUACGGACGACCACCGAAAAGGCUUCAGAGGGGAAGCCUUCAAAGGAGGAGCUGCAGUUUGAGAACCUGGUAUCGGACGAGCCGAUCCUAUUUCCGGAAUUUAAUGAGAAAGAUGGGGUGACGACUGCGACGAUGGAGAUGCCAAAGGAAGAAAUGACAACGACUACUCCCGUCCCAACGACAUCAACAAGGAGGUCAGCGCCUAAGAGGCUGAAAGAAGCUGCAAAACGGCAUACGACUCCCCAGCCGGACUAUCCGGACCUUCCGGAAGAGCUCGUCCCGAUGCAAGUCACCAAGAAGUACAAAUUCUACAAAAAGAAGCACCCUACUGAAUUCUACCCGACGGUUACAACCACUGAGCAUGCGACUACGGAAGCCACAACCACUGAAACCAGCUUCCCUGAACCCACAACUACAGAUGCCGAUUGGCUAGCCUGGCAGGCCGCCCAGACGACGAUGGUUGCGGAGACGACAACCGAAGAAUCCGACAACUACGAUUUUUCCAAAUACUUCCACACCCUGAGACCGAGGUUGCAGAAGCAGCAGAGAUAUUUAACGUUCUGCACGAAAGAUACGGCCCUUCGUGACCGUUCGAAUAUGGUAAUUGCGUGCGGAGACCAAGAUGGAGAGUGGUACCCCACUCGAUGCCCAGAGUCGGCCGGCUGCUUCGACUCCGAAGACGCCACCUACAAAAUCUGCUGCAACGUCUCAAACGGA